UGCCUUUCCUCCCCACCCGGCCCGAGACUGCACUCUGAUGACAGGUCCUCCAUGGAGUGUGUAAACGAGACCGUGGUGAAGGAGUUUGUCUUCCUCGGCUUCUCGGCGCUGGCUGAGCUGCAGCUGCUGCUCUUCGUUAUCUUCCUGCUCCUCUAUUUGUUCACUCUGAGCACCAAUGCCGUGAUUCUCUCCACCAUUGUGCUGGACAGAGCCCUCCACACCCCCAUGUACUUCUUCCUUUCUGUCCUCUCCUGUUCAGAGACCUGCUACACCUUUGUGAUCGUGCCCAAGAUGCUGGUUGACUUGCUGGCUCGGAAGAAGAGCAUCUCGUUCCUCGGCUGUGCGGUCCAAAUGUUCGCCUUCCUCUUCCUUGGCUGUUCCCACUCCUUCCUGCUGGCGGCCAUGGGUUAUGAUCGCUACGUGGCCAUUUGCCACCCUCUGCGCUACACGGUGCUCAUGGGACACAGAGUGUGUGCAGGGCUAGUGGCUGCUGCCUGUGUCUGCGGCUUCACCGUGGCACAGAUGAUCACAUCCUUGGUGUUUCACCUGCCCUUCCACUCUUCCAACCAGCUCCGUCACUUUUUCUGUGACAUCUCCCCUGUCCUCAAGGCGGCUUGCCUCCAUGCCCAUUUCACUCAGAUCGCCAUCUUCCUGCUCUGUGCCUUGGUCCUGGUUAUCCCUCUGUUGUUGAUCCUCACGUCCUACAUUCACAUCAUCUCUGCCAUCCUCCAGUUCCCUUCCACGUUAGGCAGGUACAAAGCGUUUUCCACCUGUGCGUCUCACCUCGUUGUUGUCAUAGUCCACUACGGAUGUGCCUCCUUUAUCUACCUCAGGCCCAAGUCCGGCUACUCCUCAAGCCAGGACGCUCUGAUAUCAGUAUCCUACACUAUCCUAACUCCAUUGUUCAACCCAGUCAUCUAUAGCUUAAGAAACAAAGAGUUCAAGUCAGCUCUCCACAGAGUUAUAGGAAGAGUAGUUACCCUAAGACAAUGCUAAUUUGUAUCCUGCCCUCUUUUUCAAAUAACUAAGAGCAAUGGACUCAGGGACAUUCUCAAGAUGGAAAUAACUAAGCAAUUGAGCACUGUGCUCA